AUCUACAUCUGCUUCAGUGUAAGAAGAUGCAGCUGUUUUCGGGGCUGCCUCAUGUCUUUGUCCCUGUUGAUGGCGCCCGCUGGAGUGGGUGCCAGUGUGUCGAAAAACUUCAAAGACUGCAGCCACUUCUUCUACAUGCAGACACCACCUGCAGGAAUACGGGAAACUAACCUGAGGAGGAUCUGCCAGAGAUACAAAGACAAACCUCGCUAUGCCACGCUAUACGAUGGCAGUCGUCGCCUCCCCCUCUACUCAGCCUACAUCUUUAAAAAGACUGAUGGGAAGAGGAGGAUGGACACACCCUGGAUGUAUGAGCCUCAGCUGGUCUCUGAUGAUGAAAGUGGCAACAUGAGAGCACUUCCCCUGAGUGAUGACACUCACCCUCUGAUUGAGGAGAGCCAGGCUGUGUUCGAGGACUACACAGACGCUGUGGAAUAUGAACGCGGCUCCCUGAAUCCUGAUCAGCACCAAGCAGAGCCUGACGACAAAUCCUCCACCUACACCUUGACCAAUGUGGUUCCGUUAAUUACCGACUUCCUGGAGACUUCCUGGAACCCAUAUUUGAACACCGUCCGCCGACGCCUCAACAACUUCUGCCAUGGAAAAUCUUUCAUGGUUACUGGGGUGACUGUUUCUGGGGCGUCCAUUCAGCGAGACAACAAAGACCGCCUGGCAAUCCCUAAACACUUAUGGCUGGCAUACUGCUGCCCAAGGUUUGACCGUAACUCACCAUUUGAGGUGAGGUUCAUGUUUCCCAGUUACGGGGGCUACGCACUAAAUGAGUGGACUGGUCACAAUGUAGUAGAAGUCCCUCUCAAGACCCUGGAGAGCUUCCUGAAGAGCCACACAGACUCAGACAGCAACCUGGCUAUUUUCUACAAAGGUUGUGUGUCAGAAAAUCCUUUCAAAAAGAGGAGGGACCUGACCAGUAUUUCAGUCUAAUAGAACAUCUUGAGCUGGAUGCAGAGUCAACUAUUUUGUUGCUAAUCAAGGUCCAAAAUUUGCCCUUAAAGCAGCAGUUUUAACUUCAAAUGAAUUGGUCAGGAUAGAGAGUGAGCAAUGACAGUUACGACCAACAGAGAAUAAAGGGAUGUACAUGCACAUUAGCUUAUAGGAUGUCAGCAAUAUGAGAAAAAACGCUGUAUAUUGUAUAAUAUUUGUAAUAUUGUAUGCAAUUGGCUGGGUUUGUGAUACUUUAACAACAAGACAUUUAUUCAUUCAUGUUUCAUGUCAAGUCUAUUAUAAUAAAGAUUUCACAGCACUCUGUUAGUUGGAUUAGGUCUUUAUUAUCCA